AUGGGGAUAUCACCAGGCUGGGUCUGGCUCCUUCUCCCAGUUUGCCAGGCUCUGGUUGUCCCCGCGGAGGUCAGUGGCCGGGUGGGAGAGACGCUCUCCAUCCGCUGCUGGUACCCCCGGGGCUACGAGAGCUACAACAAGUACUGGUGCCGGGGGGGCAGCCGGGACUCCUGCCACAAGGUGGUGGAGACCAAGGGCAGGGAAGUGCCCUGGCAGCACGGCCGGUUCUCCGUCAGUGACAACCAUGUCUUCUGCGUGGUCCUGCUCACCGUGAAAAACAUCCUCGAGGUGGAUGCUGGGAGCUACUGGUGUGGGAUUGAGAGGACAGGCAGGGACCUGAUGGAGGUGGUGACAGUGAGGGUGGCCCCAGUUUCCACCAGGACCUUCUUUUAUGCAGCUGCACUGACUACCCCAGCAGCUCCCCAGACCGCCACCACCCUCUGGAUCUCCACCACUUUGAUGGAGCAUCCCCCUGACAACAACACCACCACCACGGGCUCCAGCCCCGUGGGACCAGCUCUGAGCACCCUGGUGCCCGUCGUGGUCCUGCUCUCCCUCCUGGCUGUUGCUGGCUCCGCCGGGCUCCUCUACACCCUGCACAGGAGGAGGGAAGGUGGUGGUACCCACCCGUGCACAUCCCUGUGCCUGUCCCGGGACCUGGAGGACAAACUCACCAUGAGCACAGAGCAGCAGGAAGCUUUCCCCUCCCAGCAACGCAGAAACUCUUCCCCCGUGUCUCUUCCUUCUGGCAUGAUGACCCCUCGCACCGGUGCCCCCGUAGCCCCCCACAAGCCGGAGUAUGGCCCCAUCUAUGACAACAUGCUUGACCUGGCAGAGGGUGACUGCAGUGACAUGGAGCAGGACCCCGAGCUGGAGGACCCUGGUGUCUACGCAAACACCCUGUGCCUGGAGGAGGGGAUGGGGAUGCCUGGCAGACAUUUCCCAGGAGAAGAGGUUUCCUACAUGUCCUAGCAGAGCACCCCUGAUGGACAGAAGGUCCCUGUGGGGCCACCGCCGGGGAUGUCCUUGCUGCAGCAGAGGAGGUGAAGGAGCCUUGCAGGAGGUGGCUGCUGCUGUCCCGUCACCGUCUGGGCGGUGUGACAGCCUCUGCCCAUGAUGCUGGAGCCCAAGGCCAUGCUGGCACCACCCCCUGGCCUGCAGGACCCUGAGACACCCCUGCGUUGCUUUGGCAGAUUGACCCGUGCCUCUCGGCUGGCAAGAAACCCCAUCCUGGU